GCACAAUGGCCCGGACCAAGCAGACAGCGCGCAAAUCGACCGGAGGGAAAGCUCCUCGCAAACAACUGGCGACCAAAGCGGCGCGGAAGAGCGCUCCAGCCACGGGCGGAGUGAAGAAGCCUCACCGCUACCGGCCCGGCACCGUGGCUUUGCGGGAGAUCCGGCGCUACCAGAAAUCCACCGAGCUGCUCAUCCGUAAACUGCCCUUCCAGCGCCUGGUGCGUGAGAUCGCUCAGGACUUCAAGACAGACCUGCGCUUCCAGAGCUCGGCCGUCAUGGCCCUGCAGGAGGCCAGCGAGGCUUACCUGGUGGGGCUCUUUGAGGACACCAACCUGUGCGCCAUCCACGCCAAGCGAGUCACCAUCAUGCCCAAAGACAUCCAGCUGGCCCGCCGCAUCCGCGGGGAGCGCGCUCUGAUUCUCAGAAUCUUUCGAAUCAUCUUUGAUGGCAUUGUUCCAGGCCUCUCAGGUGCCAGCUUCCUGACUGUGAGAGAUCACUUGUGCAGAGUUGCUGAUAUGAGCGAGACCGCAGCCGCCGAAGCGGCUCCUCCGCCCGCCCAAACCAAGGCUCCCAAGAAGAAGGCGGCGGCCGCCCGGAAAAAGACCGCCGGUCCCAAGCUGGGGGAACGGAUCGACAAGAUUGUUGCGGAUUGCCAGGAACGGCGAGGAAUGUCCCUGGUGGCGGUAUCGAAGGGACUGGUCGCCUGCGGUAUCGAUGUUGAAAAGUACCACAAGCUCAUCAAGGUGACCAUCAAGAGGAAAUUGGAAACCGGCUCCCUGGUUCAGACCAAGGGCAAGGGCGCCUCGGGCUCCUUCAAGGCCGCUGCGAAAGAAGGCGCCGUGAAAAUGGCAAAGAAACCAGCGUCCAAGGUUUCGAAGACCAAAAAUCCGACCGUCAAAAAAACCCCGUCCAAGAAACCACCGGCAAAGAAAAUAUCCAAGAAAACUGUAAACAAAAAAUCUCCCGCCAAGAGAGUUGGGGUAAAGAAAUCUCCCGCCAAGAAAGUUGGGGUCAAGAAACCAACACCUAAGAGACCGGUGGCUAAGAAAUCAGCUGCCAAGAAGGCGGCGCCCAAGAGCCCCAGGAAGGCCCCAGUAACAAAGGUGAAAGUGGUCAAGACAGGGAAAGGAGGCAAAGGACUGGGCAAAGGCGGAGCCAAACGGCAUCGCAAAGUACUUCGCGAUAAUAUCCAAGGCAUCACCAAACCAGCUAUCCGCCGCCUGGCUCGGCGUGGCGGUGUCAAGCGAAUCUCUGGUCUCAUCUACGAGGAGACCCGUGGGGUGCUGAAGGUUUUCUUGGAGAAUGUGAUCAGGGAUGCGGUCACCUACACCGAGCACGCCAAGCGUAAGACGGUCACUGCCAUGGAUGUGGUGUACGCUCUGAAACGCCAGGGCCGCACUCUCUAUGGCUUCGGCGGAAGCACAAUGGCCCGGACCAAGCAGACAGCGCGCAAAUCGACCGGAGGGAAAGCUCCUCGCAAACAACUGGCGACCAAAGCGGCGCGGAAGAGCGCUCCAGCCACGGGCGGAGUGAAGAAGCCUCACCGCUACCGGCCCGGCACCGUGGCUUUGCGGGAGAUCCGGCGCUACCAGAAAUCCACCGAGCUGCUCAUCCGUAAACUGCCCUUCCAGCGCCUGGUGCGUGAGAUCGCUCAGGACUUCAAGACAGACCUGCGCUUCCAGAGCUCGGCCGUCAUGGCCCUGCAGGAGGCCAGCGAGGCUUACCUGGUGGGGCUCUUUGAGGACACCAACCUGUGCGCCAUCCACGCCAAGCGAGUCACCAUCAUGCCCAAAGACAUCCAGCUGGCCCGCCGCAUCCGCGGGGAGCGCGCUUAAACUCCGAACCAAGGACAACAAAAGGCUCUUUUAAGAGCCACCAA